GCGCCCGCUGGGGUAGGCUGCGCGCCGGAUAUAUGUAGCCGGCGGCAGAGCACGCCGCUGCGUGAGGCGCUUCUCGUCCGCCGGGCUCUGUGGUGAAGCGGCGCCUCCGCUCCCGUCCCGCUCUGCCCGCAGUUUUCAGUUGACCAAAGAAAUGGUGAUGGAGAAGCCAAGUCCCCUGCUGGUCGGGCGGGAAUUCGUGAGGCAGUACUACACCCUGCUGAACCAAGCACCUGACUAUUUGCACAGGUUUUAUGGAAAGAACUCCUCCUAUGUCCAUGGUGGCUUGGAUUCCAAUGGAAAACCAGCUGAUGCAGUCUAUGGGCAAUCUGAUAUCCACAAGAAGGUGCUGUCACUAAACUUCAAGGACUGCCACACGAAGAUCCGUCAUGUGGAUGCCCACGCCACCCUCAAUGACGGUGUGGUGGUGCAGGUGAUGGGGGAGCUCUCCAAUAACAUGCAGCCCGUGCGCAGGUUCAUGCAGACCUUCGUGCUCGCGCCCGAGGGCUCUGUUGCAAACAAGUUCUAUGUCCACAACGAUAUCUUCCGCUACCAGGAUGAGGUUUUUGGGGACUCUGAUACUGAGCCUCCAGAGGAAUCAGAGGAGGAAGGGGAGGAACCUGAGGAAAGACAGCAGACACCUGAGGCCGUUCCUGAUGAUAGUGGUGCUUAUUAUGAGCAGACUGUCAGCAAUGACAUUGAGGAACACCUGGAAGAGACAGCUGCAGAGGCAGAGCCUGAGCCAGAGGCAGAACCUGAACAGGAGCCUGAGCCAGAAGUGCAGGAAGAGAAGUCUGAGCCAGUAUUAGAGGAAUCUGCUCCAGAAGAGACUGUGGAAAAGAGUCCUUCUCCAGCUCCUGCUGAUCCAGCUCCUGCAGUGCAAGAGGACUCCAGGACAUUUUCCUGGGCAUCAGUAACCAGCAAGAACCUUCCUCCCAGCGGGGCUGUCCCAGUAUCAGGAAUACCACCUCAUGUUGUGAAAGUACCGGUCUCACAGCCCCGCCCUGAGGCAAAGCCCGAAUCUCAGACCCCCCCUCAGAGACCUCAGAGGGAUCAGCGAGUGAGGGAGCAGCGAACGAGCAUCCCACCACAGCGGGGUCCUAGGCCAAUUCGUGAGGGUGAACAAGGCGAUGUGGAAACCAGGCGGAUUGUGAGAUACCCAGACAGUCAUCAGCUGUUUGUUGGCAACCUUCCUCAUGAUGUGGAUAAAUCUGAACUUAAAGAUUUUUUCCAAAAACUUGGCUUUUCUCUUGCAGGCUAUGGCAAUGUUGUUGAACUCCGCAUCAACAGUGGUGGAAAGCUCCCUAAUUUUGGGUUUGUGGUGUUUGAUGAUCCUGAGCCAGUUCAGAAGAUCCUUAGCAACAGGCCCAUCAUGUUCAGGGGAGAGGUGCGCCUGAACGUGGAGGAGAAGAAAACACGAGCUGCCAGGGAGGGUGAUCGCAGAGACAACAGACCCCGUGGACCUGGAGGCACUCGUGGGGGGCUGGGAGGUGGGAUUCGAGGGCCUCCACGUGGAGGAAUGUCCCAGAAGCCAGGAUUUGGAGCUGGAAGGGGGAUCGGGCAACGCCAGUGAAUUCGUCGUGGAUGUUGACACGGUGGCGCAAACCCUUUUUCCUGCAGAUUUGUGAAUUUCAGCCUUGGGUAUCUUGGAAUGUGGCCCUAGCCUGUUAUAGACUGCUACGUUUGAUACUAUUUUGGCCCCUUUUUGUUGUGUUAUGGUUCUGUGAUUUUUAUUUUUUUUUUCCUAGUCCUUGUCCCAGAUUCCAGCUUUGUGGAACAACGUUUUAGGAAAAGUGGAUUUUAAAAAGAAAAGAACUGAAUUUUCUUGUUCACCUCAAACUUACGGACUGAUUUGUUUUUUUGGUACCAGUGGUUUUUCCUAAAGGAAUGUCUCUUUUCUUUUUUUCUUUUCUUUUUUUUUUUUCCUCCCCUCUUUCUACUGAAUUUGGGUGCAGUCAGCGGAAUAAUAUUUCACGUGCAUGCGUUCAAGAGCCUGUAGGAAAAACAUAGUUCUUGGCAAGUAUUCCAAGGGCAGAAAAGCAAAACUCUUGUUGUUUCUUUGAGGGUCAUACGAACAUCCUCCGGUCUUGGAGACAUUGCCACAUGAAAAAUUGACUUUCACCUUUCUCUCUGUGGCGCUGUAAAAGUGGAAUAAUGGGUCCGUAGAAUCUCUUUUCCUUUUGAUACAUGAUCACAGCAAGGAAUUCGAGCUACUGUUUUACCACUUUGAAAUUUUGGAUUGUGGGAUAGGUUUUAAAUGUCUAGAACUUGACUCUUCAAACACUUUUCCUGAACUUGUGAAAUUUUUUAUUGAAAUAGGGAGUUUUUUUCAUGUUUAGUUUGUAUUUGUAUAAAAAAAAGCAAAAUUGUUGUGCCUUCUAUUUAUCUCUCAUUCCAGUUAUGGCAAAUUGUUUAAAAAAAAAAUAAAAAAGGUCUAGAUUUGCUUUAUCAAGUCAAGAGUAUGUUGGAGUUUUUCCAAGGGGAAGAGGCUCUUCAGUCACUAGGUUUACAAGGUAGAGGUGGUUGUAGCUAAAGUUUUUAAUACCUUCUGUGCAUCACUUUGGCUGCAUUUAAAUUAUUGAAAACAAAUAACUUUAUGGAUGCAGAAGUUAAUAACUUGAAGCUGGGCAGGUCUUGUAACCAUUGCAAAAGUACAAGCAAAGCAGAAAUACUUGUGUCACAUCGUUUACAGUUCCAGAUGCUGUAAGUAAUAGUUAUUUUUGCAGUACUUCAUUCCUUGCUUCAGACCUGAAGUGGAUAAGAAGGAAUUCUUGCCAGAAGUAUGGAAGGUGCUUGUCUGUCCUGGUGUUAAGAUGCUGAACUCUCUCCACCGCCUCUGAAAGAAGAUGAAACUGAAAAUAAAUACAAAACUGGGUAAUUUCAAUCCAAGAGAUCCUGUGAGAUGGUGCUGCACCAAAGCAGUAUUUCUGUAAUGCCAGGUGUUAAACAACUGGAAAAAAGUGGUGGAUUUGUGUCUACACCAGACCUCCAGGUCUCUUGGCAGCACAAGAGAGCUGUGUAGGAAGUUUGCUGAUCUGUCAGGUGUCACUGUUUCCAUGUUUCUUGGUUUGUGACUAUAAUGAGUGUGCAGUGUAUCAUCACCUGUGCUUGCUGUAAGCUCUGGAGCAGAGCUGCCCUGGGUAUUACCUGUCCCCAACAGUCAUGGUUUGCCUUUUCCUUGCCAGACUUACUGGUUGAAACUGGUUGUACUAAAUGUUGCUAGAGUGUUGGUUUGUUUUAUUUUUCUUUGCAUUUGUUACACUGUUUGUCCCUUCCCUCCUUACAACUGUGUCUCAGAUCGGCCUGCUUACCCAUCUGUACCUGGAGAUUUGAUACCUUAGUGAACUGGGCAGAGUGUGAGCUGUGCUGUGCUCUCACAGAAAGCAUUUGGGGAAAUUCUGCUGUUUCCUCUUUUGGUGGUAACUGGUAUUUUUUUAAAAAAACAAAAGCUGUCUGCAUUUUUCCUAUCAGGAAUGCCUGUGAGGUGAAAGUAUGCAAUGGAGAUCUUUCACUGAACCCUGUCCUUAUUGUUUGUGAUGCGUUUUUUGCCCCUGUGUUGGGUUUCUACUGUUCUUGACAUUAAAUCCCAAGACUGCAGUAACAGGUUGCACUUAAGACUUAUCAAAGUGCUUUUAAUAGAAGCUUCUAUAGCUCUUAACCAAAUCUGCAAAAGCAUCCGUAAGCUUGAAACCCCCAUUUCUGUAGUGGGAGCUGGACAGUUCUGUCUGAUUUGAAAGAAGAGUGUCAGUAAAGAAUUUUAAAAGGGU